UAUUGUGAUAUGGAAGAAAACGAAGAUGUGCCAAAAGAUUUUAUCAAGCUCAAGUCUGAAAAGCUCUCUGUAGAUGAAGUGUCAGAGCUGGUUGUUUCACCAUACUGUGGGGCAGUGUCUCUGUUCAUUGGUACUACAAGAAAUAAUUUUGAAGGAAAAAAAGUGAUUCACUUAGAAUAUGAAGCAUAUACUUCAAUGGCAGAGACUGAAAUAAGGAAAAUCUGCAGAGAUGUUAGACAGAAAUGGCCUUCAGUCAAACAUAUUGCAGUGCACCACAGGCUUGGUGUGGUUCCAAUAACUGAAGCAAGUGUAAUUAUUGCAGUCUCCUCUCCGCACAGAGCAGAAUCCCUUGAAGCAGUGAUGUACUGCAUCAAUACCUUAAAAGCAUCUGUUCCUAUAUGGAAAAAGGAGAUUUAUGAGGAUGAAUAUUCUUGGAAAGAAAACAAGGAAUGCUUUUGGGCAAAUUCAGAAAAAUAAUUGUACUUCUUUGAAAAUAAAGUGUUACUCUUCCUAA